AGCACGGCCGGGGAUCACACCGCUCGGCCCCGUGAAUACGCCGCAGUUCUGUCUGACCGUCUUGCUUGCUCCUCCUCUAUUAUUGGUCUUCGUAUGGCGUCUCGCGAAGGUCUUGCCUUGUUCGAGCAGGCUGUCACGAUGAGGCCUUGGCCGCCAGUCACGAUCUUGAAUCGCCACUAUAAUUACGACGCUUCUUUGUGGGGUUGUGCUGUGAAAAAAAGAAUCAGCCAGGGACUGUCCUAUUUUCGUUCUGGGACAUGUCUCCGAGAUGUCAUCUCUGGACAAUCAUUACUUGUAAAGCCUUGGUAUGGACGCCGGCAUGCUGUCAUGGUUUCGGGGACUUUGGCUUGCCUCCCGGCUGUGCUCUCGCAUAGUGGCUUUUUCGGGAGUGUCCGGUGUCAUAACGGGAGCCUGUGGCUUGCUGAUCACGAGUCGCGAUCAAACUCUAGAACGAAGAACAAUGUUGCCAUACUAGCUCUAAAAGGGCGAGUAAGGACCCGGCAAGGAGAGCACAUCAUUGAGUGGCGGCCGUCGUCAAUGCACGUUCGUUACUUGCAAAUUCGAUCACCAAGUCCAGGCAGCGGUUCCGAAUGUCCAGCACAUGCCAAUCUCGAAAUCUGGUCGUCUGGUGCAUGUGGGGCUGGCCAAGCCAAAUUCCUUGACGGGGUCAAUGUCGAAAAUGCCGUUUACGCAGGCUUCGACUUGCGGCCGGAUGACCCGAGCUGCAACAGUUGACGGCUGUCGGCCUCGACCGACAAGUCUUGCUCGGCGACACAUUUUGGGAAAAGGAAG